GGGUUUUCCAUAAUGGCGGAAGUUUUGAGUGAUGAUGAUUUAUCUGUCGUGGAGGACGUGAGGUGUGGUAAGAGGAUCAGAGACACGAUGAGUGAUGGUUCAGACAGUGAUGUGCCAGUCAAGAAAAAAAGAGCAGCAACCAGGAGGAGGGCCAGACCAGUAGCAAUCACCUCCAAAUCAGUUUGUAGCAUAUACAAAGUUAGUGAUGAUUUGUUGCGUUUCAAACCUCCCGAUAAAUUGAAGAUAACAGAAUUGGGAGAUUCAGAUGAUGAAGACUAUAACUUGAUUUUAUCAAGAAAUCCAAAAGAAAAAAAAAGGAAGAAAAAAAAGAAAGACAUGAGCAUUGUUCUGUCAUCCAAUGAAAACUCUGAGAACGAACUGGAGUGUAUCGGUGUUACAACAGAAAAGGAAAAACGUUUGAAUGACGUCUCUACAGACUCUCCAUCUCCACCACCGUCCCCACCGUUGUAUGCUCAGUUCAUGGAACAGCCGGUCCGAAAUAAAAAAGACAUGAAAGUUAUCAAAAAUGUCAAUGCAGCAUUAAAUUCCAUGCAUGAAUACAGCCACUCAUUUCAAAGUCCAUUUUCAGGAGCUGAUGAUAGCUUUACACUUGCAUCACCCACCAUUGAAGAAAAAACCAUCAAGGUGAAAGUCAAGUGUAAAUGUGGGCUCCAGAGGUAUGACCUCAAAAUGACUGACUCGUUUGGAAUUGUGAUAAAGACUUUAGCGGACUUAUUUCACGUACCCAUUGAAAGAAUUGCUCUGACGCUGCGGAAUGAUUCUAUAAUUGCCACGGAUACACCAAGAUCAGUUAAUUUGCAUAUUGCUGAUUUUAUCGAAUGUGUCGUUCUAGAACCAGGGUCAGUGACUCAAAACAGUCCAUUGAAUCAGAAAGAGAACUGCAUUGAUAUAAAAAUACAAAGCAAAGGCGCUAAAACCAAGAAAACAGUUAGUAUUAAGAAGACCUCUCCUCUACAAAAGUUGAUGGAUGACUAUGCCAAGUUGAUAGAUACACCAAGAAAUAAUAUUACAUUCUACUUUGAUGGGGACAAGAUUACACCCAAUCAAACGCCGGCUGACAUAGAUAUAGAGUCUGAUGAUGUCAUCGAUGCUGUGAUUACACGAUGAAUGUCGCGUGUGUCUUAAACUGUAAAUAUUAAUAUUUCGGUGUUGAAUGUCUAUUUUCUCUAAUUUUGCUGGAAUCGCUCAAAAUUUAAAAAUAAUUUUUUUCCUUGCAUUGGGUGAGUUGCAGAUUUUUAUGAUGUAACUGGAGUUUCGGUUAUACCAUCAUUGUGGAUGGAACCUGAAAGUGUGUUUAAAACCCCAAAUAAUAUUUUAAUAAUUAACUACU